CUACAGAUUACUGUCGAGAUAAAAGAAGAGGAUAGGGAAAGUUUUCUGGAACUUCUUCACAAUGCUACGCCGGCUUGCGAAGUGGUUUCCACUAGGAAGGUGAACGGCCCGUCUUCAAACGGUUAGUGCGGUAAAAGAUCGCUUCUAAAAUUUAAUUUUCUAUAAUCACUACAAUGUCCUUCUAGUGCAAUAAGUUUUUGGUGUUUAACUUUUUCCUUCCAUUAAAAUAUAAUUUUAUAGAGAACAUUCUUUAAAAAACUAAGAUUUCAGAUUCAAAACAAGACAUGAUUUAGAGAAGAUUUCGAAUCGCGCGCGCAAUUCCCUUAUCUUUUACCCGCGGAGUGUAGAAGAAAUUCGAUUCCUGUCUGGGUUACGUGAAGAUUUAGGUCAAGACCUUCCCACACGCAAUAUAAUAAUCGUAAAGGAACUAGUCUGUUUCAUCCCAGUAGUCAAAUCCAAAUGCAGCUUACCAAGUGCAGAGGAAAAUAGUCACAUAUUAUUUUUCAUUUGCAGAAAACAACAAUGUCAUCUUUUUUUAGCAGACUCUAUCUAACUGACAUCAAAUAAAUUUUACAUUUUCCUUGUAGCAACGAAACGUCCACGAUUUUCUGUUCCUGCGACUGAUGAAGAUCAGCCCCGUGAAAAUGUAAGCGUUUUUGAACGCUAUCGGGCACAAGCCAUAUUCCUGUCCCUGGCCCUGCAUCACCUGGAGAAGAUCAGCUGGAAGAUCUCGAAAACACUACAGACACCACAGGCUGUGAAUAUUGCCUCCAGACCAGGGACCGCGAAGCAAGGAGAUAAGUGGGAGGGCUGACAAUUGAAAAUAAUUUUUUCAUAUUGAAAAUCGAAAAAAGGAAUAAAAUCAUAGUAUUUGAUUCGCAAAAAGUGGGGGCGGGGGCGCAAAAAAAUGGUGGGGCGGCGGCCCUACCAGCCCCUCCCCCUCCGCGGUCCCUGCUCCAGACUCGGUGCAUUACCUCUUCCCCUUUCAAACCACAGGCAAGAGGUAAUGCACGGAUUAAUAAUCACAUAAAGCGUAGAAAAGACUACAUGUGGUAUUGGAGGACACUCAAAGAUUGUUGUCUAUGGGAGGACCCUGUGUACCAGGCCAGAAAAGAACAACUUGGCUGCCACAUCGAUGACGUGAGGGAGGUUAUGCCACAUUGUGUCAUCAAAGAU